AUGUCGCGGCUGUUCUUCGAACUAUUUUCCUUAAUAUUCUACUUCGCUCAGUCUCACGCCAUGAUGAUGAGAAAUGAUGCAUUAAUAUCGAAAAUGGUAUCAGACUUUCAAAAAGACAACACGAUGUCUGCCACGCAGCGCUCCCCCGACCAGCCACAGCAGCCACAGCUGCAGCCGUCGCACCAACAGUCGCACCAAAAGUCGCACCAACAAUCGCACCAACAAUCGCAUCAACAAUCGCAUCAACAAUCGCAUCAACAGUCGCACCAACAGUCGCACCAACAGUCGCACGUACAGGUGCACAGGUCGCAGCAGGAGCUGCAGAACCCCGACAUUCUGUCCAUGAUGCAGAAUGUGCUCUGCAAGAACUUCCCCACGAUACCGUGCGGCAUGAUCGUGGAGGACGACACGCUGCGCAACCUCAUCGAGCGCUCUAUACAACAGCUCAAGUACAAGAAACUGUCCAUGGAGAAGACGACAUCAAUACCCGGCUACCACCUGACAUUGUUUCCAUCUAUAAACAGCGAAGAUCUGUCAAAUUUUCUACAAGUCAGCGAGAAUGGGUACUAUAAGAACAAGGCCGAGAAAUCAAGAUCGAGGAAACACAAAAAAAGAGUCGCGAAGGCAAACGUAGAACAACCGACGGGGGAGAGAGACAACAAGAAGAAAAGCAAGUCGAAGAAGGACAACACGAGGACCACACUGUACAACGGCAGGAAGAAGAUAAGGAAGUUCUAUCCGCACAAAAUAAAGUACAAGGAUAAGUCGAAGGGAAGGAAGGACUUCGUGGACUACUCGGAGGAGAAGCUAUCGAUGUCAGUGGAAGUGCCAGACCUAAACAUGGGGGGAGCAGGGAUAGGUAUAGCCACCGGCAGGAAGCGGUCGGACCACGUCAACUUCAAGAUGGAGCCCGUGGACCCGCCAGUGUGGCGGAUAGACUACAUGAAGCACGGCGAGCCCAGCCUCAACGUGUUUGGCUACGAGCCGGGCCGACUCAAGGAGAAGCUAGUGAAGACCGGACCCAACGUCAUCGUCUCCGAGAACGUGCUGGAACAAGCUGCCAGGAAGGACGUGCUACACCCUGACGUGUAUAUUAAGAAGAACUUUAUCAGGAAGAACGUCCUCGACAUGAACUCCGGCGCCAUCGACUAG